CUUCCGCCGGCGUCCGUUUGCCCUCAGUGAAGAUGGCCGAGCGCGGCGCGGUGUGCCGGCGGCUGUGCUGAGGAUGCACCCUAAUGGCACACAGCACCAAGUUCCCAUGUACAGCUUGAAUAAUCAGCUCCAUACCUGGCUUCUCUUCAGAGCUCACAGUUUUUUGCCAAUACUUCUAAUCUGACACUUCACCAGAAGCACUUCUGAGCGUUUCUCAGUGGUUUUUUACCACAUAAACAGGGGUGAUAGGGCACUGCUAUUAUGUCCUGGGUACAAGUAGCAGUCAGCCAAUCCAGUGAGGAUAUAUUUGAUGAAGAUGCAGAUGAAAUGUAUCUACUACAGAAGGAAUGGAACAGCACUAUGAAAAAGAGAUUGAAGGAAGGCUAUAGGGAUGGAAUUGAGGCUGGGAAAGAACUUGCACUCCAGACAGGCUUUAAUCAAGGUUACAGACAUGGUGCUGAGCUGAUGAUUACAUGUGGCCAGUUCAAAGGAACCCUGAAUGCUCUCUUAUCCUGGUGUCAUUUUAAUGGACAUGAUUCUGCUCUAAGUAUGAUAAAUAAUCUUCUUGAUGUGGUUGGAAAGCAUGAAGAUGAUGUGCUUAAGUAUCUGAAUUCUACUGAAGAACAGCCACAUCUUGGACACAUUUUAGACUCGGUUCAGGACAUGGACCUUAAUCACACAGCUGGGACAGAGUACAGGGAAGUUAAAGAUGGAAAACACAACGAUUGUGGCAGCAGCUCCGGUGAAAACAUUUGUAGGAACAGUGGUGAGGUUGGUUCCUUGCAGUCUGAGUGCAGCAAGGCAAACCUCUGCACAGAUCCUGAAAAGUCAACCCUUGCUUGGGUUAAAAUGCAGACUGUUUGGUUAGUAGAGCAACUGGGCUUAUCACUGGAUGUACUCCAUCAUGUCCAGCAACUGGAACAUUAGUUUUUCUGUCUCAUGGUACUUAAAACUAUCACAGUGGAUUUUGAUUCUUAGUUUGUGGGCCAUGUACAGCCUGAUGCAUCACUUUUGCUUUAGGAAAAUCUAAUUUGGAUGCUUUAUAGUAGAAGUCAUUUUUGUAAAUCCUCGCCAUGAUUUUGGCUCUGGGCAAAACCCUUCACUUCCAACCUUAAAGGUAACAUUCACAGAAAGGGGCAGUGACUUUAAAGCUUUACAAAGAGUUACUAAAUAUGUUUCUGUUUUGCGUCAGGAGAUCCCAUUUCACCCUUAUUUUUUUCUUGGCAGUAGCUUGGAAAUGAAGUGGGUCCCUCUAAAUUGGGGAUUAAAUAGCCCCUCUAAAUUAGUCCCCUGCAAUAUCAAAAGAAUAACUGCUCAGUGCUACGGAAAUGGUCGGUGUUUUUGCAGAAUAAGCUGCUGUUGAUGAUAUGCUGUGUGCAAAAUAGAACAUGAUAUGCUGCUAAUUCCUAGACUGCUGUGACUCUAGUCACUUUUUGUCAAAUUCUGUGUUAUCUUUUCUACCCAUGAUGCAAUGCACUUUCAUGGUUAAAAACUAUUUUUCCCUCCUUGUAUAGUUAUAUUUGUCACUUUUGCUGAAAACAUACCAUUUUCCUCAAAUACAGAAUUGCUGACAAUUCAUUGUUUUACUUCUAGACAUCUACUCUUACCAUGUCAGACCACACUAAACAUGCUUCCAGUCUAAUGAACAUCCUUUUGUUAUUUUUGUAUUUAUUUUGUCAGUCCAUCUAGCCUGAACUCUUUCCCGCAUUCCAAUAAUGUUUUUCUCAAACUCUUCAAGGAAGCCAAGGAAGCCAAGCUUAUUCACUACCUCUUAGAAACACAUCAGCCACACAUGCCUAUUUCUGAUCAUUUUGUAUUUCUGUAACUAUUCUAUAUUUGACUUGCUUUCCCAUUGCUUCCCUUCACUGUAGCUGUAAAUUGCUCUGUUCAGGAAGUUUUUUCUUUGUAAAUGCCUCUGUUUUACAUUAAUUAAACUGAUUCAUAGUAAGUUCCCAGCUUACUUGUUGGAAGUUUCCUGGAACUCGUUCAUAUUGGAGACAAAGGAACAUAGGCAAAGUAAGAUUUUGAACAGUAAACUGUAAUUAAAAAAAAAAACCAAAACACACGCACAAAGCCAUUUCAUACUUAAAGGCAGAAAAAAUUGAAGGCAAAAAUUCUUUGAUUUUCAGAGCCUAAGUUUAUACAACAUUCUUACUAAAGACUCCGUUACCCUGUCAGAGUUGACAGACUGUAAUUUUGGUUUCCUUUCAGUACCACUUCUGCUUUAGGGGUAAGCAGAACUGCAGUUCAGAGUCUUAGAUUGAAUGCAUUUAUGAAAUAGUGGACAGAGAGGGAUGUCUGCAUUAAUUGUGUAUAUACAAAAAUCGUUCAAGUGACUUUUUUCAAUUUAUUUAGCAUAAUAUUGACAUGGAUAAACAUUACUUUUCUUCAAAUGCCUGCAUUGUGUUAUAGACUGUAUCAUGCUAAACACAGAUUUCUUCCAUAUUCUGGUAGAAUGUGGUGCAGAAAGUAUUGGAAUAUAUAUAUAAUUUUCCUAACUAAUUUUUAAUUAGUUGUUUUAACUAAUUGUAAGCAGUGCCCACUUUUAGCCAACACCAGUUAAGUUUCUUCACAGACCUACUUUGAUCAUUAAAUCACUGAAAUCUUGAGUUUGUUAAAACUAAGCCUGACUAUCUUCAAUGAACAAAGCAAAGGAAUUUGAAGAUUGGGCAUCUGGGAUCUUAAAUUUAUGGCCCUUCAAGGACAUUAGAGUAACCAGAAGAUAUGGAGAAGAUUAAGGCCUGGAAAGUUGGAGAAAAAGAUAAAAGAAGGAAUAAAGGGUGUGGACCAGAUUAGCAUGAAGAGAAAUAAAUAAAUAACUAAUAGGGGGUGGAAUAUUAAUUAAUGAAGAGAAUUAUGUAAAUUAAACCAAUGAACAUUGAUGUCUUUGUUUGCAAGAAAUGCAUAAAUAAGCAAAAUGUUUUGUAUCGGGAUCAGCAUUGAGGCUGGAACUUUGUCAGGAACACAUAUCUCUUGACCAAGAAUAAAGUAAUGCCUUACCUUCUAACAAUAAAAAAGACAGUGUUAGAGGUAAUCUUGUUUAUCACUAUGAUUUUUUAGGUUUUCAGUAACAAGACAAAAUAAAGGUUAAUAGAGCAGUGUUAGACUUUACAGAUUUGGAUGUUUUAAAAUGCAGAUUCAAGGGAAUUACUUUCCCAUAUUUAAAAGUUUGCAAAGAGGAGAUACCAUUCACAAAUUACUAAGUAGGCUUCAUUUUUGUUCAUAAAACCAUCAUGUUUUUUGUCUAUUACAUCAGCUUCUAUACUAGCUUACUUUCCUCCACAAGGUUUCAGUGCAUAGUGAGGGGUUACUUUUUUUCCAUGUUAUCACCCAGAGUUUCCAGUUUGGCUGUAGAGAGAUUUUCUUCUGUACUCUCUGUAUCAUUUGGCUUAUCUUUCACUGCCCAGUCUUGCUGACCAGCACCAGAAGGGCUUUCUUUGAGACUGUCAGAAUCUGUAGUUUGCUCCAGUUGUGGUCCAGGUUGUUCUGUGUCCAUAUCUUGUGUUUCACUGUCAGCUUUCACCUUGGCAGCGUUCCUGAAAACAGCUCUCAUGACAACUGGGACUGACAUGCAACUGAAGAAGGAAAUGACACAUUAGUCACUAUUAUGGACAUUAUACAAUGUUCUUUAAAGUACUUCUGUUUUUUAAACUGUGGCUGACCCCUGAAUGAAAACCAGCAUUAACUCCUUUCUGGUUUUGUCUUGUGCAACCUGGUGUUACUUUGUAGCCAUAAUACAAACUGCAUGUGCUGUACCAGAAAUAUAUGUUGACACACAAAUUUAGUGCUGAGUCUUUGAAGUUAGGUGUGCACAGAAGCUUUGACUGAAAUAGUGGGAGGUCUUUCAGUCUGGUCAAUCUGGUCAACAAAAAAAGUCAUAAGGGUACUUCUAGUGAAAACCAAAACUAAGAAUAUUGAAAUAUAUUAAUUCUUCUUGAGUUUUAUAAUUGUAACCUUCAUGUUUUGUGUAACACAGGUACAGAAGGUAUCUUUUCUAAAACAUUGUCUUAUACUGGAGGAGUCUUUUCCCCACUCUUAACCUGGUUCCAAAAAUAGUACCUUGUUUAAAUUCAGGUUCAAAAUCCAACCUGCAUUGGUUUUGUUGUCAUCAAACAGAUAAUAGAUGUGUACUAGCUUAUGCCAAACCACUUAGUGCUCUUAGACUGUUCUGAAUCAGUUUGUCUAGCCUAUGUUCAUGUAUCACAACAACUCAGUCUCUUGGAAUUUGUUCAGAAAACAAGCCAGAGUCAGUGUUGUAGACAUGCCAUAUACAACUCACUUCCUGAAGAGAAGCACUGAUUGCUGUUAGGCAGAUGUGUAAAAAGACCUUUCCAUGCUAUUGGAAGUUACACUAGUCAUGAGACUGUCAUCAGCUAGAGUCUUCAGAAAAGCAUCUUCAUAAAAGGUAAAACUCUUUACUCAAUAGUCUUUCCUUACUUCCACAUGCUUUCUACUAGAAAUACUUCAUCGCUGUUAAUGUUUAAAAUUUUUGAAAGAGAUACUUAUGACACUGAAAUAACUUAUUCCCAUUAUUGUAUUACAGCAUUUUACUAAAGUGAAGUUUUCCAGUUGCUGAGUUCAUGGCAUUACAAAUGCACAUGAUAUUUCCAUUUGAUGGACAUCUGUUGGGAAAUAAAAGUACGUACCGUUUCACAACUCUUGCUAUGAAGUCAUCAGUAGAAUUUAGAGUUGGAUCUUGAGGAUUUAAAUGAAGGUGACAUUGGACUUCUCUACAGCUUAUAACAUCAAUUACCACUAAGGAGGAACAGAACAAGAAAAAUCUUUGGUUUGAAAUACUUACAAACAUCAAAAACCAUCCUUUCAUUUUGAUGCUUGAAGAGAUGUAAGACUGAAGACCGUGGAAAGAGGUUUGCAGCAAUAUAUUUGCAUGACUUGCUUUUCCUUAAUAUAUUUAAUCAGAAAUAGUGGAAAUUACAAUUUAUUAAUUAAAUGCAGGCCAAGACUUUAAUAUUUGCAUUUACCUUCUGUAUUAUUCAGAGUACAAAACACCUUCUAGUAAGCAGUUUAUACACAAGUGCAUGCACUUGGUGUUUUUCCUGGGCUGAACACUGUUGAGUGGCCCUUAGACUGUUUGUAACCGAGAAACAUAGUGCAAGAGCCUAGUUCGAACCAAGUCUCCUGUCAGCUCAGUAAAGAGGACAGUAGCAAUUAUUCCACACAUACCACAGGCUAAAUUCUCUUUCACAGGAUGAAGGAAAAAGACAGAAAAGCUGGUUUUCUUGUGUGGUACCACUUCAAAGUAAAGAAGUUCUGAAUCAUCUAAAAAUAAAAAUACUGUUUAGUGAUAUCCACCAUUGAAGCUGGGUUCUUUUUGGCUGAAUUACAUGCCAGAAUUUUAAAAAUACUGAUACAAUAGUCUAAUUUUUCAUUACUUUGACAGCUUCAUUUGUGUACAUAGAAUGAGCAUAGAACUUUUUUAAAAAUCAAUACAGUGUUAAGAUUUUUUUAUCAUUUACUGUACUCCACAAGUAAUGACAGUUUUGGCAAGGGAGUAGUAAAAUCUGUCAACACCCAAUUUAGAAACUAGUUUGUCUCUAAUACUAUGCCAUCACUUCCAGCCACACAAUUUACCUUCAUUUAUAUGCUUCUCAGAGACACAGCUGCUAAUAAGAGUGUUAUAUGCCACUUGAUGUCGAAGAAUCUCUAUUACACCAGGCACACACUUUGGAUGGCUAAAUGGGAUUUUACUGACCAAGGCUCCUGCUAAAACUGAUUUUUCUGAGCCCUUGUUUAUGAAGUAACAGUGCUUUGGAUGAUCUGGAAGAGACUAAGCAACAAAUAAUGGUGAUGUUUCAAGGACUGAAAACAGGAAAGUAAAGUUUGAUGUUAUCAGGCAAUUGUACAAUCUACAACAAAAAUAUUUUUGAAAGAUACAUUUCUAGCACAUCCAUGGUACCUAUGCAUUUCUAGUAGAAUCCUUAGUGGAAGCUAAAUGAGAUCCACUCUCCCUCCCAAAUACAUCCAAAUUAGGCAAAUAUACCCAGAGCCAAGUGGUCAGGAGUUCAAGUGUCAUCAGUUCUUCCAAAUACUUUUCAGAGCCGUAUAGGCUAUAAAAAUGUUAGUGACCAAAAUAAUAAUAUCAGUAAUGCUGCUUGACAGUUGCACAAACAGGAUAGCAGUUUUGCUGGAAAUCUCUUCUGGACAUCAGAUGUUGUGCCAACCUCCAUCACUACUACUUUUUCUUUGGAGAGAUAAGUUUGGCUGGAAUAUCUCCUGAUGAUUCACUUGAAGAUGAGGAGGAAAUAGAAAAAUUUACCACCUGUCCAUGUUAACAGUAAUUCUGUGACAAAAUUAGAAAUGGAGUAUGGUUUUAUCUACUUCAGGAUGCCAACUGGAAUGUCCCCUUAAGAACAGGGCAGGACAGUUAAUGAGGAGGACCUACAUUAACAAAGGCUGAAGAGCUUUUCCUUGUGUGUUCAUGGAUCAAACAUAUUUUCCCUACACCCAUUUCAAGGUUAGAAUGCAAUUUAGUAAUUCUAGAAAUAAAAUCUUUAAACUCAGAAGUAAAACCUCCCACCAAGUACAAAUAUUCUAGGGAAUUGUUGAAAAGUUACAGAGCCUUUCAUGUACAUCUAAUAGAACUGAAAGAUUAAUUCCAUCUUACAGAAGAGCUAUGCCAAACAUUAUUUUAUCAUGGUGUAAAUUUACUACUACCUUCUGUACCACCACCUCAAGGUCCAAGAACUAAGCAGGCAAUGAGCUCUACUGCUAGUAGAACAGAAAAAAAGUACCCUCUUCUUUUGCUGCCAUGAAUUGCAAAAUUAAUGUUUCCUAGCAAAAAAAAGUAUACCUUUGAAGCUUGUCGCAUAGUUGCCCUGUACAUAAAUCUGGCAGAAAGAAUCUUAGCCACAACUUUCUGUUCUAAAACUUUACAUCCAAUGCAGCCUAAGCAACUGUAUUUCAAUAAUGCAGUUAUUAAAAGGGAAGCCUUCUUCAAACAACUUUGUCUCUAGUUGGCAUCACUGUUGUAACACUUUAUAUUUUUCUUCCUGCUAGUCCCUUUAAGAGGAAUCAAUAGUCCCACUGUUACCUAAUUAAGAAACCCCUUUUGUUAAAACAGUGUGACAUGCAGCAUGAUAAAGAUCUUCAAAAAUCUACGGAAGUACCUUCUUGGGACUUGCUCCUCACACCAGUCAACAAGUUUCCUUCUUUUUAAGGCAUUAAUGAUAAAGUUCUGAGCAAUUUUUAGAAGAGUAAAUAUUUGGGUUACACACAGACAAAUUAGUGUGACUUCAGCAGCCAAGCACACAGUGUUUUAUUAAUGAGCAUGAGAAGCUCACUAACAUGAAAGGCUCUAAUACUGCUUCGUAAAUUGAGCUAUUUCCUAAAGAGCACUUUUGUUGGGAUUCUGGGAAACCUACAUUGCUUGCUUAUGGGGAAAUGGUAAUUCAGUAUAUAUACCUUGCACAACAGCACAGUGUGUAUCAGAUGCACACUAUACUUACCACAAAGAAACAAGAUUUAUUUGUAGACAAGUCUUCACUGCAUUUUUCUUUAAGAGUAGACAGAACAAUUAGCUCAUACAGUGGAGCUAGUUUCAAGCCAGAAAUCUGAAUUCCUGAAACCAGGUCAUUAUUUUUAUUAGCAAUUAGGUUAAGACAGUAGGUUGUGAAAGCUACUAUUAAAAACAAACACAAUAUUUUGAAAAGACAAAAAUACUGAUUUGCUUUCUUAUUCCCCUUUUUUGCUCUUGGGAAUUUGAGGCAGAGUGUUUAACUUUGCCUUUGUCACAUCUUUCUUAGAAUUUUUGUGUUUUGCACUGGUUGUUACACUUGGACUGGUAGAACAGAAUAUGUUCUGCCCAAGAAGCAACUUUUUCUUGCAACUUUAACAUGGGGAAGCAAAAAGCAAAUAAGCAAUGCAUAGUCACGGAAGUACUUAGUCUUAAAAAUCAAUUAUAACAUGCCUGUGAGCUUCUGUAUCUCUUCAAUACUGGAUGAAGACAUUGCAACAGGCUGAUGAAACUUCAGAACAAAAUGAGCUGGCAAAUCCAUGCUGAGUUCAUCAGUCAGUUGCAAAAAAUCAGGGUUGCUAGGAAAAAAAUUGUCAGAAUGAAAGGUUUUUUACAGAAAUUGCCAUAACAAGGACUCUAAAUGC